AUGUUUGUCCGUACGAGUAAAUUCAAACACAUCAUUGGAAAGCCUAACAAAAAGGAAUUUUGCUACGAUGAGAUCCGCAUUACCAAAAGCAGUUGGGAUUCUACUUUUUGCUCAGUUAACCCCAAGUACCUAGCCAUUAUUACCGAAGCUGCAGGCGGUGGAGCUUUUCUUGUUCUACCGAUUGAAAAGUACGGCCGAGUGGGUCGUGAUGCCCCUUUAGUGGCAGGUCAUCGUGCUGCCGUGUUGGAUAUCGAGUGGUGCCCGCAUAACGAUGACCUCAUCGCCUCGGGUUCAGAGGACUGUACCGCUAAGGUGUGGCAAAUCCCUGAAGGCGGUCUCCAACCCGAGACCAAUCUCACUGUUCCCGUUUCAGACUUGGUCGCGCAUCAGCGCCGUGUUGGUCUGGUCAAAUGGCAUCCUACUGCGGAAUAUGUCCUUCUCACUGCCGGUGCGGACAAUAUGAUUUUCAUUUGGAAUGUUUCGACUGAGGAGAAAUUGAUCAGCAUCAACUUCCCUGACAUGGUACUUUCAGCCAGUUUCAAUUGGAAUGGCUCUCGUCUUGUCACCACUUGCAAGGAUCGACGCACGCGUAUUAUCGAUCCUCGAAAAGGCACCAUUCUUAAGGCAAGUCAGGAGGCAAAUAUAAUACUUUUUAGUGCGGACAACAUUUGCCAUCAGGGCACCAAGCCCCAACAAGCUAUCUACCUCAAAGAUGGUCGGGUCUUCACCACGGGAUUCUCUCCUAUGAGUGAACGUCAAUUCGCCAUUUGGGCCAAGGACGAUGUGGAGACCAGGCUGGUGGAGAUGGAUUUGGAUAUUAGCAAUGGUAUUAUGUUCCCUUUCUACGAUCCUGAUAGCAAUCUUCUCUUCCUCUGCGGCAAGGGUGACUCGUCUAUGCGCUACUUUGAAUUGACUGACGACGAGCCCUUCAUCUUCUUUAUUGACACAAUGACCAGUUCAGAUCCCCAGCGUGGUAUUGGUUGGAUGCCAAAGCGUGGACUCAACGUCUGUCAAAAUGAGAUUGCUCGUUUCUACAAACUUCACACGAAAGGAUUUUGUGAGGUGAUCUCCUUCACUGUACCUCGAAAGUCCGUUCUCUAUCAGGAUGAUCUCUACCCUGAUACUGUUGGAGACACACCCGCUCUCUCGGCGGAUGAGUGGAUGUCUGGAAAAGAUGCUGAACCUGUUUUGAUGUCCCUAAAAGAGGCCUUUAAUAGUGGUGGGGCAGAUGGCGCCAAAGGUGGCAAGAAGAACGGCAAACUCCUCUCUUCCAGACCCAAAUUAACAGAAUCCAAGUUGUCUGGUGGUGGCAGUUCCCACACAGCCUCUGGUGGUGGUAACGCAUCCUCAGGAGCUGGUGCAGACUCCAACAGAGGCUCCGCAAAUGAUGCCGUCGACUCGGGGAAACCGGUCGAUCUUGGUGGAGUGAAACCAGAGGAGAUCCAACAGCUAGUAGACGAUAUGCGAAAGAUGAAGAUUAUAAUCAAAGGCCACGAGAGACGAAUAAAACAACUUGAGGAGCAACUUAGAGACGCUGUUGCAUCACAAGCUCAAUAA